ACCCGAAAAGUAGCAAUACGCAAUGGGGAGUUGAUACCAUCUUCUAUCAGUAAAUGCUUUCAUACUUGUUCAUUAUUGGAAGGCUAUAUUGGUAAGAAUUUUUUCUUAAACUAAACCUUUCUAAUCUAUGCAGAAAAUAGAAUUAAUGAGUGAUAUUAUAAAAACAAUAACCUUAAUUAUUACGUUUCCACAUCAAAGUGAAAUAGAGUACUUAAUUAUUUUUUCUUUCAUUUAAUGCCUAUUGGUGUUCCAAAAGUUCCCUUUCGAAGUCCUGGAGAGGAAGAUGCAUCUUGGGUUGACGUAUACAACCGACUUUAUCGAGAAAGAUUACUUUUUUUAGGCCAAGAAGUCGAUAACGAGAUCUCGAAUCAACUUAUUGGUCUUAUGGUAUAUCUCAGUAUCGAAGAUGAUACCAAGGAUUUAUAUUUGUUUAUAAAUUCUCCUGGCGGAUGGGUAAUACCCGGAGUAGCUAUUUAUGAUACCAUGCAAUUUGUGCGACCAGAUGUACAUACAAUAUGCAUGGGAUUAGCUGCUUCAAUGGGAUCUUUUAUCCUGGUCGGAGGAGAAAUUACUAAACGUUUAGCAUUCCCUCACGCUUGGAUCAGGGUAAUGAUUCAUCAACCCGCGAGCUCUUUUUAUGAGGCCCAAACGGGAGAAUCUAUCCUGGAAGCGAAAGAACUUUUGAAAUUGCGUGAAACCCUCACAAGGGUUUAUGUACAAAGAACGGGCAAACCCUUAUGGGUUGUAUCCGAAGAUAUUGAAAGGGAUGUUUUUAUGUCAGCAACAGAAGCCCAAGCUCAUGGAAUUGUUGAUCUUGUAGCGGUCGAAUAAAAGGAAUAAAAAUAGUUUUAAACAUUUGAAAUUUUUUCUUGUUACUCGGUUUACCAUUCUGUGUUUAAUAUUCCAUUAACUAUAAAAAAAAUUCGGUUAGGAUUGAUCUAAACCAGCCCAUUAUGUAUAUGAUUCAGCAUGCCAACUAUUAAACAACUUAUUAGAAACACAAGACAGCCAAUCAGAAAUGUCACGAAAUCCCCCGCUCUUCGGGGAUGCCCUCAACGUCGAGGAACAUGUACUAGGGUGUAUGUGUGACUCGUUCAGAUUAUGAGCUGGAACAAAAAAAAACAAAUGAAAGGAAAGAAUUUUUCCAGUAUCAAUAAUCAAUACUGGUGAAUGGUAUAAAACUCCAGUCACUAUCUAAAAUGAAAAAAAAAAAAAUAAUAAAUUCAUCUAUUGGGUAUGAAAUUUAUGGUUUCUAUUAGUAUAAAUCGGGUUUAAGAUAAGAAAAAAUUUCCCAUUGGUAACGAACGUUAUCCAUUUAGCAGGGAAUCUUCUUUGAAAAGUAAAAAAAUUCGGCUCCGAUUCUUGCAAGAACGGACUAACAGGGUCAGCUAUCCAGCAAACCUUCAAAAUUAAAUACCGUUACUGUAUAGGUGGAUCUCGUUGUGAAAGACCUAUUACUGGAUAAUUCAUGGGUAGAGCCAAAAGGUUUGAACUGUACAAGUUAUCAAUAAGAUUCCGGAAAUGAAGGAAAGGGGCUCCGGUGUAUAGAGAGGACCUCACCGUUUUAAAAGUAACCAUAGAAACGAAGGAAUCCACUAUUUCUUUAAUCAUCUAUAUUUAACUUGAAUUCACAUUUUUUUAUUUACUUUUUUGAUACAUUAAUAAAUUUUUUUGUCUCGUUUCAAGACGAAAUGUCGAAAAAAAGAAAAAUAAUAAAAAUAGUGGUUGGGAAGGUUAUAGUAGCAAAAGCCAUUGGAAUUUUUAUUUUAUACAUUGGAAAAAUCCGUUUUGUUAUUAAUAGACCAGAAGGCGAAAAGAAUAACUUAAAGAAAAAAAAUCGAUUAGUUAUUCAUCAAAGUUUCAAUUAUUCAAUGACUAAUGACUAGAGUUAAACGGGGAUAUAUAGCUCGAAGACGCAGAAGAAAAAUUCGUUUAUUUGUAUCAAGCUUUCGCGGGGCUCAUUCAAGACUUACUCGAACCAUUGCUCAAUAGAAAAUAAGAGCUUUGGUUUCGGCUCAUCGGGAUAGAGACAGGCAAAAGAGAGAUUUUCGCCGUUUGUGGAUCACUCGAAUAAACGCAGUAAUUCGUGAAAGAGGGGUAUACUAUAAUUAUAGUAAAUUUAUACACGAUCUGUACAAGAGAAAGUUGCUUCUUAAUCGUAAAAUACUUGCACAAAUAGCUAUAUUAAAUAGGAAUUGUAUUUAUAUGAUUUUUAAUGAGAUCUUAAAAAAAGAAGAUUGGAAAGAAGAAUACCUCGAAACGAUUUAAAUGAAGUUCCCCGGAGUUUAUUCUCCAGGAGUAUUAGAGUAGAA